AUGCAGCCUCAAUCCUGGAGCCGCUGCUUUCGUCGUGGCGGCCUUCUACACCUUCCUUGUGCGAUUCUUCCUCGCUGCGCUUUCGGAACGGCUCCGGCGGAGUCGACUCCACCCGCCUGGUGGCUGAAGGGCCGACCUAGGAAAGACUUCAGAAGCAGGGCUGAGGUCGAGCUCCUCUCGCAGCUGGCAGUGCUGCUGAUGCCGAAUCAACCCAUUGCCGAGGCUUUCCGCGAUUUUCCGGUGAAGAAAUGCAAGGAGUGGGGCUGCAGCAGACUCUGCCCAGAUUUCGCAGCUCAUGGUGUGUUGAAGGCAACUGGUGCUGCACUGUUCAUCGAGUACGACGGCUAUUAUCGUCACCUGGAGCCACUGGGCUUGGCCAGGGACAUGCGGAAGACGCACGCGCUGCUGAAGUUCGCUCCUGCGGGAUCUGUCGUACUGCGUAUCGCGCACAGGGAGCGAAAGUGGAAGGACAACUCCAUGCAGGUGUUGGUGGACUGCUGGCGGUCCGAGAGUGCGCCCGCUCUGCGCAGAACGCUACAGCAAGUCUCGGAUUCUAUGUUGCAGUAUUGUCGAGACGAGCUGGUGUCGGGUCUCGUUUCACAGCUUGAGGCUUGUGCCGCAGCGAAACUUAACAGGCACGCACGAACUUUUGCAGCGGACGCAGUGCUGGUGGGCGCUGCGUCUAACAGAAACAGGCUGGCAGUGCAAGGCUUACUCCAGGAGGAAAUGCAGCUUACCACAGGCCAAGUUGCCAAGAUGAUUGCGAAGAGUCCACCAGUGCUUGGCUUGAGCGGCUUGAGCAUUGAUGCAAAUCUGAAGCCCACGGUCGAAUGGAUCAAAGGCUUGGGCCUGAGCCAGUCGCAGGUUGCAAAGCUGAUUGCAACAUUUCCUCAGGUGCUUGGCUUGAGCAUUGAUGCAAAUCUGAAGCCAGCAGUUGAAUGGAUGAAGGGCUUGGGCUUGAGCCAGUCGCAGGUUGCCAAGGUGAUCGCGACAUCCCCAGCAGUGCUUGGCUUGAGCAUUGAAGCCAAUCUGACGCCAACAAUCGAAUGGAUCAAGGGUUUGGGGUUGAGCCAAUCACAUGUUGCCAAGAUGAUCGCGACAUUUCCUCAAGUGCUUGGCUUGAGCAUUGAAGCCAAUCUGACGCCAACAAUCGAAUGGAUCAAGGGUUUGGGUUUGAGCCAGUCGCAGGUUGCCAAGAUGAUUGCGAAGAGUCCCCAAGUGCUUGGCUUGAGCAUUGAUGCAAAUCUGAAGCCCACAGUCGAAUGGAUCAAGGGAUUGGGGUUGAGCCAGUCGCAGGUUGCCAAGAUGAUUGCGAAGAGUCCACCAGUGCUUGGCUUGAGCAUUGAUGCAAAUCUGAAGCCUACAGUCGAAUGGAUCGAGGGCUUGGGCCUGAGCCAGUCGCAGGUUGCAAAGCUGAUUGCAACAUUUCCUCAGGUGCUUGGCUUGAGCAUUGAUGCAAAUCUGAAGCCAGCAGUUGAAUGGAUGAAGGGCUUGGGCUUGAGCCAGUCGCAGGUUGCCAAGGUGAUCGCGACAUCCCCAGCAGUGCUUGGCUUGAGCAUUGAAGCCAAUCUGACGCCAACAAUCGAAUGGAUCAAGGGUUUGGGUUUGAGCCAAUCGCAGGUUGCCAAGAUGAUUGCGAAGAGUCCCCAAGUGCUUGGCUUGAGCAUUGAUGCAAAUCUGAAGCCUACAGUCGAAUGGAUCGAGGGCUUGGGCCUGAGCCAGUCGCAGGUUGCAAAGCUGAUUGCAACAUUUCCUCAGGUGCUUGGCUUGAGCAUUGAUGCAAAUCUGAAGCCAGCAGUUGAAUGGAUGAAGGGCUUGGGCUUGAGCCAGUCGCAGGUUGCCAAGGUGAUCGCGACAUUUCCUCAAGUGCUUGGCUUGAGAAUUGAAGCCAAUCUGACGCCAACAAUCGAAUGGAUCAAGGGUUUGGGGUUGAGCCAAUCGCAUGUUGCCAAGAUGAUCGCGACAUUUCCUCAAGUGCUUGGCUUGAGCAUUGAUGCAAAUCUGAAGCCCACAGUCGAAUGGAUCAAAGGCUUGGGUCUGAGCCAGUCGCAGAUUGCCGAGGUGAUUGCGAAAUUCCCACAAGUGCUUGGAUUGAACAUUGCGGCAAACCUAGCGUUGAAACACGCCUUGUUGCAAAAAUUCUUUGCACCGGCGGCUGCAGCAGAGCUUGUCGCAAGCGCACCGCGGCUCUCGAGCUAUCGACAGACUCGGCUUGAACAUCGUCUGGACGUGCUCAAGUCUCAAGGUCAGCUUUCCAAGCUUGCCGGCGCCAUGGCUUUGGGUUUGGAUGCCUUCAACCGCAGAUUCACAAGUUCACGGCUGCCGACACAGGUGAAAAUGGUUUGGCUGCGACGACGGGAGUCUGACGGAUACUGGGGCUCGGCGAUUUUCCGGGAGGAGCUGGGGAAGCUCCGGCGAGAGAUCGUGGCAGACACGAGGCUAGAACUUGAAAGAGCUCUCAAGCCUGUCGCCAGUGGCGUUACGACAAGGAUCGCUCCGCCCGCUGCUCCGAAGCCCCAGGAUGUGGACGACGAGAGCGACGAUGGUAUUGGAUGGGAUGUUGGAGCCACCGAGGGCAAUGUUGCCGGAGUUCCCGCCUCCAUGAGCAACGUCUCAGGACCUCCUUCGCGCAAGAUCUCGAAGAAGAGCAUCGUAUCGCACGGCACGGAGAAGAGUGGAGCUAGCGCUAGUGGUGAGCAGCGAUCCGAAGCGAGCUCGGUAAGGGCUCGAGGAGCUGCAGACACCAUCUCGAAGGUGAUUGAUGAGCACCUCCAGAAGACGCGCUCCAAAACGGUGAAAACUCGGGUGCAGGCACUGGUGAGGACCCCUGCCUUCGAGAUGGCUUGCGCGCUGGUGGUCGUUGCCAACGCCGUCAUCAUCGGGAUUCGUGCUGACCUCCCGGUCACAGCCGAUGUGUUUGUCUAUGACGUCAUCGAGCUCAUCAUGGCUCUGGCGUUCUUGGCUGAGUUGGUCCUCCGUGUGGCGGCUUCAGGCCGAGGCUAUUUCACUGACAAAGGAGGUUUGUUCAACACUCUCGAUUCUCUCCUCAUUUUCGUGAUGUUUGCGGAUGCCAUCAACGCCCUUGCCAACGUCCACAUGCUGGGCAUCGAUGAUGGCGGGCUAAUGAAGCUGUACCGGGUCGUCCGGCUGCUCCGCGUCAUCCGGAUGGCCCGAUUAUUUCACAUGGUUCCAGAGCUGCACUUCACGCUGACCCUGAUGACAACGUCCUCCACGUCCUUCUUCUGGGCUGCGGUUCUGAUGCUCCUCAUCAUGUAUCUCGUGGCCUUGUACUUCACGGUGGUUUCGCGGCAGUUUGCAGAGACCGAGUUUCCCCAAACUGCGGAUGGCGUCCGGCCGCCGGAGCUGGAUGCAUUGGAGGUUUUCUGGGGCUCCACGGGCAAGUCGAUCAACUCGCUGUUCCUCGCAGUUUUCGGUGGGCAGGACUGGCACAACAUGCUGCUGGUCUUCGGCGAUGGUAGCUGGUGGUACAUCAUCAACAGCAUCGUGCUCUCCCUCUUCGUAGGCUUUGCCUUGGUGGUGCUCUUGAACCUGGUGAAUGGCGUGUUGGUCGAGGGUGCACAGACCAUGAUUGCCGAGAGGAAGCAGAACGAGCUGGUGCGCAUGGCAGCAGACAUUUUCGUUCAUUCGGGCCACAAAGCAGGAAGUGAGCUGACGCCGGAGGAGUUUGACGCCCUUGUGCACACCAAGGCCAUGGACAACUACUUGGAAGCCAUCGGUAUCGACCCCAACGAGGCUGGCGAUCGCCUCUUCCGGUUUCUGGAUCGCGACGACUCGGGAAGCGUCAGCGUGGUGGAGUUUGUCCAAGGCUGCCUGCGGCUGCGCGGUCCGGCGAAGGCCCUCGACCUGGCAGAGAUGCAUCUUUGGUCCAAGGAGCGCAAUGUUGAGACGACGCAUCGUAUCGGACAUUUGAGGAGAAGCAUGGACGAGGUGGCGGGCUCGCUGGGGCAGACAGGCAGUUGCCUGCAGAUGGCUGCAGGGUUGCACUCUCAGCUCCGGCAGCAGAUGCAGGCUUCGGACUACUCGCCGCGCCUUCCGCCGCUGGACGAGGACUUGCCGCCGGACAUUCUGCCGAGGCCCUCGCCCGACCUGACUCUGCUUUCAAAUCUACCGCAGAGUCUUCGAGAUGCGCAGUGA